CUCAUUUUAAAAUUGGAUGUGGAAGUAGAUGAGGAUGUUCCUGGCAGUACGCAAGAGAGUUUUGUAUAAUAUAGCGUACCGGAAGUUCUGUAUCUAUUGGCGUUGGCUUCUUCGUUUUCAACAAACACUUAACCUGGUCAGGUAGAGAGAGACAUGGUACUUUCUUCUAAUGGACUUACUACUACACAGCCACUUUUUUCUUUUGGAUUGAUUUCUGAUGUCCAAUAUGCUGAUAUUCCUGAUGGUCGCUCAUUCCUUGGUGUUCCACGGUACUAUAGGCACAGUAUUCUUGUGUUGCAGAGAGCAGUUAAAGAAUGGAACACUCAUCAGAAGCAUAAAUUUGUGAUAAAUUUUGGAGAUAUUGUUGAUGGGUUUUGCCCCAAAGAUCAAUCUCUUGGUGCAGUACAGAAGGUUGUGGACGAAUUUGAGAUGUUCAGGGGAGGACCUGUGUAUCAUAUGAUUGGCAAUCACUGCCUAUACAAUCUCCCUCGCAGCAAAUUACUUCCAUUAUUGAAGAUCCAAACUCUUGAUGGCCGUGCAUACUAUGAUUUCUCACCAGUGCCUGAAUAUAGGUUCGUAGUUCUAGAUGGUUAUGACAUCAGUGCCAUUGGUUGGCCCCAAGACCAUCCAAAAACAUUGGAGGCCAUGAAAAUCCUGAGGGAGAAGAACCCAAAUGAAAAUAAAAAUAGUCCAACAGGUAUGGAGGGGCUUGAAAGAAGGUUUCUCAUGUUCAAUGGAGCCAUUGGAAAGGAACAGAUGGAAUGGUUGGAUGGUGUUCUCCUGGAAGCAACAAAAAAGAAGCAGAAGGUGGUUAUUUGUUGCCAUCUGCCUUUAGAUGCUGGCGCUGCAAGUGAGAAGGGACUGUUGUGGAAUUAUGAUGAAAUAAUGAAUUUGAUACAUAGGUACAACUGUGUUAAGGUAUGUCUUGCUGGACAUUAUCAUAAAGGAGGAUACUCUAUUGAUUCUCAUGGGAUACACCAUAGAAUUCUUGAAGCUGCUUUGGAAUGUCCUCUUGGUACAAAUGCAUUUGGACACAUUGAUGUCUAUGAUGACAGAAUAUCUCUUGUGGGAACUGACAGAAUGAAAAGUACAGACAUGCAUUUUUACCCUACAAGUUAGUUUGUAUGACUUGACGUUUUGAUGCUUUGGAAGAAGAAUUAUUCUAAAUCAUCCUUCAACAUCUUUUAAUUGGCCCUUCUUUUAUUUUUUUUUUAUAUGGUAAGUAUUGAAAGUAUUUUUGUAUUUCUUUAUAAAGAACUAGGAAGAUUCUAAAGAUAUAUUGGAAGAAUACAUAUUAUCUUUUAUUAA